AUGAAGCAGCGAAGCUGGAUGGGUACUUUCCCCUGGCUUUGGAUCCUCAUCUCCUGGACCAUCCACCUGGCGACCGGCGAGGUUCUGCUCUUCCCCGAGAAGACCGUCUUUCAGUUCACAGUGGGCGCAUCCGUUCCCGUAGCCAGCAGCAAGAGAGGCAACGUCGUCUUCUCCUCAGGAUUUCAAUUCAAUUACGCCCUGCCGUGGAACGCGAGCCAGAUCGAGCCCAUCGUCCUCGAGGGCAGGAGUUUCGAGGAUUCCGAGCUGCAGGACGUCUACCUGGCGAUCGAAUCCGCCCUGGAAGAACACGGCUGGCGAAACGGAAGGGAGUGUCUCCUGAGGACGAUCUGCGAGCUCGGCUCGACGCCCCUCGACAGAUCCGGCGAGGACGUCGUCGAAGAGAUCGUUCACCUGCUGCUAACGCCAUCGGAAGACUCGCCGGAUGCGGCUAAUUCGAGCCGGCGGAGCAUCAAGAAAUUGUAUCGAGAGGCCGAGUUACUGGGCAGAUCCGGUGGAGAUUGCGUCCUGACCUACCCGAACUGCGCGGCGUCGCCCCUGGAGUCGUUCACGGCCAUCGUGUUUCCUUAG